AGCCCGCCCGGGGGCGCUGCGGUACUACAGCGCGGUGCGCGCCGCCCCAGCCGGGCGGAAGCGGCUCUCUGGCCUGCGCUUUAUAGGUCUCGCUUGUGCUUCCUGUUUCCUCUUUUACCGGGACCCGUCAACAUGGGCCGCGUCCGCACCAAGACCGUGAAGAAGGCGGCCCGGGUCAUUAUCGAGAAGUACUACACGCGCCUGGGCAAUGACUUCCACACCAACAAGCGCGUGUGCGAGGAGAUCGCCAUCAUCCCCAGCAAGAAACUCCGCAACAAGAUAGCCGGCUAUGUCACGCAUCUGAUGAAGAGGAUUCAGAGAGGCCCUGUCAGGGGUAUCUCUAUCAAACUGCAGGAGGAAGAGCGAGAAAGGAGGGAUAAUUACGUCCCUGAGGUCUCAGCCCUGGAUCAGGAGAUCAUUGAGGUAGAUCCAGACACCAAGGAGAUGUUGAAGCUUCUGGACUUCGGCAGUCUUUCCAACCUGCAAGUCACUCAGCCUACAGUGGGGAUGAAUUUCAAAACACCGCGUGGAGCCGUUUGAGUCUGUUCCGUCAUUUUCAUUCAAUAAACCUGAAAAUAACUUUG